AUGGUCGUCAACUCGUGCGCCGUCUCGCCCGACGGCAGCCGCGUCGCUGUGGCUGGUCGCGAGCUGCUGCGCACCUACUCUCUCAGCGGUGCCGCCCAGCAGGGCGUCGACCUGCUGGCGCACACGCGCAAGGCGUCGUCGCACUCUUCGAACGACGUGAGCUGGUUGUCGCAGCGGCCUGCGCAGCUCGUCACCGGCUCCAUCUCGGGCGAGGUUCUGCUGUGGGACACGACUCGCCGCGGCUCGCGCCUGGUCCGCACGAUGGCGGGCCACGGCCGCGCGGUCAACCGCGUCGUCUGCACCAGCGACGAGCCGCCUCGGCUGCUCUCCGGCUCUCAGGACUGCACCGUCCGCCUGUGGGACCUCAACGUGCGAAAUGCGGCACAACUCAC